GAUGCCUACGAGUUACCCCACACCGAGCAAAGUUGCCUGGAAGUGCCACUGCCGAACACUGCAAGUGGGCGUUUUCCGAAGAGGAGAAUCGUGGGGCACAAACAGUUGCCUUUCCCAGCCAGUCAAAGCAAGAUGACGAGGAGGAACGGAUCAGAGCCAAAAGAAGGGCAAGGGUCUGGUUCUGGAGGAGCAUCGGCAGACAAUCGAACGGACAAUGGCAGUUAACCUCUUGAUAUAGCUUACCACAAAGGCCACGCGACAAAACACCUUACUCCAUCCUUGCCUUCAUUCUUGUUUUCCAAACUUGAGCGCUUUGCCAGCCUCAAUUUGUGCGUUUUCAAGAUGGAAAGCAUAAAGGUGAAUCCCAGUGAAUCACUUUCCGCUCAGGUUAUCGCCUUUAUCAAGGGCAAUCUUCUUCUCGUAACGGUCCUGGUCAUCUUCGGCCGAGGCCUGUACAAGAAAUACGCCUCUCCUCUUCGCGGUGUUCCAGGACCAUUUUUGGCGUCAUGUUCCCGUCUCUGGAAGGUAUGGAGCACUUACAACGGUCACACCGAGCUGGAUCAUAUAGCUCUGCAUGAGAAAUAUGGACCGGUGGUCCGGACUGCUCCCAAUGAGGUCUCGUUCGGUACUUGCAAUGCGGCCAAAGACAUGUUUGCAGUAGGCAAGGGUUUCCACAAGACCAUGUUCUACAGCGUCUUUCCUCCCAAGCAUGCACCAGAUAUCUUCACCGAAGUCCGAGAAUGGAAGCACGCCCAAAUGAAACGUUAUGCCGUGACUCCAUACAGUCUUGCACAGAUGCAGAAACGCUCAGGACCAAUCGAGGAGAUGAUCAAACUACUGAUGGUGCAUUUGAACCAGCACGCCGACGACUCCACCAAACCCACCAACCUCGGAAACUUGUUGCAUUACUUUGCAUUCGAUGUCCUUGGUGAAGUGGCUUUCUCCAAAUCAUUUGGAUUCUUGGAUGCCGAGGUCGACAUUGAGGGCUCGAUCAAGAACAUUGACGACGUACAGUGGUAUGACGGUAUUGUUGGCCACAUCGCAGAAGUCGACAUCCUCUUCCGAAACAACCCACUGCGACCAUACUUGCCAUUCUGGAAACCUGAACCAACCACCAUGACCAAGAUUGCAGUUGCUGAGCUCGAGAAACGCAAACAGUCGGACGGAACCUACGAUUCCAAAGGCAUUGAUCUGCUGGCAGAAUUAUUGAGAGCACAUGCAGGGAAUCCUGACAAGUUCAGCGUACAGGAUGUUUUCAGCAUUGCUCACGGCGCUGUGUUCGCUGGAUCCGACUCUACAGCUUCCACCAUGCAGUCCUUCUUCUAUCAGGUCCUGAACGACACUGAGGUGUACUCGAAACUGCAGAAAGAAGUUCAGGAAGCCGAAAAAGCAGGAGAGCUUUCCGAGAUCGUCGUAUACGCCGAGGCUAUGAAACUCGAAUAUUUCCAGGCCUGCCUCAAAGAGACAUUCCGUAUGCGGCCUGCGGUCGGAUUGGGGAUCUACCGUAACGUGCCACCCGAGGGAGUCAUGAUUGACGGCAAAUUCUACCCCGGCGGAACCGAGGUUGCAGUUAACGGAUGGGUGCUACAUCGCGACAGGACCAUUUUCGGAGACGAUGUCGACGUGUUCCGCCCGGAGCGGUGGUUCGAACGUGACAACAAAUUGAUGACCGGACAUUUGUACAAUUUUGGUGGUGGAAGUCAUCUGUGUAUAGGUCGCAAUCUGGCGCUGUUUGAGAUGAACAAGGUCUUGAUCCAGAUCUUGAGGGAAUUUGAUAUCAAGAUUGUGCAUCCGGGAAGACCUUUGGAGUAUCAUUCCACCUUUUUCGUGGUCCAAGAAGGAUUGGAGGUGUACUUGAAGAGACGAAAGGAGGGACUCUUGUAAGUGCAGUCACGUACGGUCUCGUCGACUGAAGGAGAACCUCUUGAUUGUCGGUCCGUAUUGUUCAGUAUCGCUUUGCGUCCAUAUUCGGACUGCAUUGGCGCUAGGGUCCAGAUCAAACGUCGUCAGUGUGCGAGUGAAAAACAAUGAUAUGAAAGCACAAC